GCCCGAGUUGCUUUUCCUUCUUCUCUCAUCCCAUCGUGUUUCUCUUCGCGGUGUACCUAGCAAGAUGGCCGCCCUUCCCAGAUUCCCUCUCUUUGUUCGCACGUCGUCCCGGACUCUGGGCCGAUGGAGGAAACCCCUCAUCCAGCCCCCCGCAUUUCGAACUCUGGUCACCAAGCACCCCAAGGACUUUGUGCCUCCCACGGAGGAUGAUUUGCUGGAGCUGCGUGAGCGUGUUCAGGAAUUUACCCGGCGGGAAAUCCCCGAGGACGUCGCCGCGCAAACAGACGCACAGAAUGAGUUCCCGGCGGAGAUGUGGAAGAAAUUAGGUGAAGCAGGGUUUCUCGGUAUCACGGCGAAUGAAGAGUAUGGCGGUCUGGGGAUGGGAUACCAGGCUCACUGUAUCGUGAUGGAAGAAAUAAGUCGCGCAUCUGGCAGCAUUGCUCUGUCAUAUGCCGCGCACUCCCAACUUUGUGUCAACCAGCUCUCCUUGAACGGUACCGCGGAGCAAAAAGAACGCUUCCUUCCUGGUCUUCUAUCCGGUGAAAAGGUUGGUGCCCUUGCGAUGUCAGAACACUCAGCGGGAUCCGACGUGGUCAGCAUGAAGACCACUGCAAAGGCCGUCGACGGUGGGUGGCUAUUAAACGGAACGAAGAUGUGGAUUACCAACGGCCCCGAUGCAGACUUUAUCGUCGUAUACGCAAAGACAGAGCCCGAAAAAGCCUCCAAGGGCAUCACAGCCUUUGUCGUAGAAAAGACCUUCAAGGGGUUCUCAUGUGCCCGCAAGCUCGAUAAGCUGGGCAUGCGCGGCUCCAACACCGGUGAGCUGGUCUUCGAGGAUGUCUUCGUGCCCAAGGAGAAUGUCAUCGGGGAGGUGAACCGCGGUGUGAAGGUCUUGAUGGAGGGAUUGGAUUUGGAGCGUCUUGUUCUUAGCGCUGGUCCGUUGGGAAUCAUGCAAGCCGCUCUCGACCUUGUCCUCCCCUAUACUCACGUCCGCAAGCAAUUCGGUAUGCCCAUUGCCCACAACCAGCUAAUCCAGGGUAAACUGGCGGACAUGUAUACCAAGCUUGCGGCCUCUCGUGCCUACACAUACGCCACUGCGCGACAGAUCGACAACUCGGCUGCAGAGUCAUCCGGGGCCUUGAUCCGGACGCAGGAUUGCGCCGGAGCUAUUCUCUAUGCCGCGGAGAGGGCAACGGAGUGUACCCUAGAUGCUAUCCAGCUUAUGGGCGGGAACGGAUACAUCAACGAGAUCCCCGCGGGACGUCUCCUGCGGGAUGCAAAACUAUAUGAGAUCGGGGCUGGGACGAGCGAGAUCAGACGGAUGGUCAUUGGGCGGGCGUUCAACAAGGAGUUCUCAUAGGUAGUAGACCUUCAAUGAUCCCUUAAAAAUAUACCAUCUCUACAUUACAUGCGUU